UGGAAAGUAUUUGACGGGGGGUACGAUUGGAUGUAACAAAGGACCCAUUCUUUUAAAUCAAGAUGGCCCUUCAUUUUAGUGCAGACCAGUACAACAAGGCAUUUGAUCCAAAACUUUUACAGAAUUGGGAAGUCCCAGCACAACACAGGGCAAGGCCUAAUGCAUACACAGGUUUUACACAAAUCAAGGCAAAUGACAGAGGUCACCUACUCCCAGGUGUCAAAAGGUCAAGGGAAUCUCCAUGGGGAACAUAUGUUGGUACCUGGGACUUACCCCUUAAAAUACCAGGUAACAAUAUGACAAACAAAACAGCGAGAACAUUUGAAGCUGUACAGAGGUUAGACAGAUGUAAGACCGAUGGAGAAAUCAUACUGAAGGGAAAACUUAAAAAGACCAAGAUUCCUGAUGCCCUGCCAGUGAAGAUUGAUGAGAAAGCUGAUGCUGAAGUUAUUCCAGCUGCCCCACAAGUCAUGGCUAAAGAUGGCUCUCCACGAUCUGGGGCCAUUAACCCAGAACCUAUAUCAAUCAGUCCCAAAGACAUUGUCUACUCCCCUAAACCAGGUACGCCAUCCAUCAACUGGCCCAAGCCUGGGUCCCGUGCACAAUCCGCUGCCCCUCGUCUAACUUCCCCGGGAACAGGUCGGCUCCUCACCCCACAGAGGGUGAUCACGCCCGUCCCCCAAACCAAUGCUGCUAUGGCAGGAACACAGGAACCAAGAGUACUGUCACCCUCUGCUACCACUAUCAACUGGCCCCGUCCUUGCUCAAUAGAGGCCCCAGUACUCCCUCCUGGUAAUUAAAACUAACACAACAGAAGGGCAGGGGACCACCUCAACCAUGUGUUGUAACAGUUUCUGGGAGAAUACCAGUUUUCAGAGUGGUAGACUUUCUAUUCCUUUAAGAAGAAUGUCACUUAUCUAUUAGAAAUCUUUCAGUUGGCACUUUUUUCCAAUCUUAGGAACUUCAAUUUCUCUGAAUAUAGUGCUUUUUUAUAUUAGUUUGGUAUCAUUGAAAAUCCAAAAAAUUCUUUUUUUUUUAACAAAAUAACUAGUGCUUCUACAGUUUUCAGGAGACAGAAAGAUAAUGAAAGAGAAUAGAUAAGAAAUAAUUUGCAUAAUUACAACUAAAAUAUUCUGGUAAACGACUUUAAACUGAAAUGAUUUCUAUUGCACAAAUGUAUUGUGUAAUUUUCAGCAGUUUAUAUAUAUAAAA